AUGCCUACUACAUUUACAACUGGUACACCUCCUGAUGAUGAUGACAGUACUGAUAAAGAAUCAAAUUCUAUGGAUAUUGGGAAAGGUAUUAGUUAUCCUAUUAUUUCAAGAGAAGAAUUAGUUCUUCAAACACAGCUAGGUGUAGGAACUUUUGGAACUGUUUAUAAAGGAUAUUGGAAGGCAAAAUGUUUAGAUGUUGCAAUGAAAAAAGUUUUUGAAUUAGACAAAGAAGCUGAAAUUUUAGCUCAAAUAAGGCAUAGAAAUAUUAUUAAAUUUUAUGGUGUCUCAUUAGCUAAACCUGAUUAUUACAUUGUAACAGAAUUUGCAGCCAAUGGCUCUUUAUAUGAACGAAUUCAUAUUGAGAAAAAAGAUAUAAGUUUUGAUCAAAUGUUGCAAUGGGCUACUCAGAUUGCACAUGGUGUUGCUUAUUUACAUUAUGAGGCUCCAAUUACAAUAAUACAUCGUGAUUUGAAAUCAAAAAAUAUUGUGUUGGGUAAUAAAAUGGUUUGUAAAUUAUGUGAUUUUGGUACAUCAAAAGAUCUAACUCAUUCAUUUACUGAACCUUCUUGGGGUGGUACUGCCGCAUGGAUGAGUCCAGAAAUGAUUAAUCAACGUGAAGGAAUCACUACUGCUUGUGAUGUUUGGAGUUUUUCUAUAGUUCUAUGGGAAAUGAUUGCACGAGAAGUUCCAUAUAAGGGACUUACUGAAUUUAAAAUAUUUUCUAUAAUAUCAUCACAUGGUGUUCGUCUAGUCAUACCUGAAAGUUGUCCUACUGAGUUAGCAACAUUAAUAAAAAGUUGUUGGAGAACAGAACCAAAGAAUAGACUAGACAUGAGAGAAGUUAUUACCAAACUUGAACUUAUGGCAAAUAACGAUGAUCUCAAUGAUGAGUGUCGCAGAUUUAUGGAAAGAAAACUAGAAUGGAUGCAUGAAAUUGAAGAACAAAUAACUCAGUUAAAUGAAUUAAAAAUGGAUCUAGCUAGAAAAGCUGAAGAGUUAGAUAGAAGAGAAAAUGCUCUUAAAAAUAGUACAAAUGAUAUAAGUAAUGCUAUCACAUGGAGUGAAGAUCAAGUUUUAAAAUGGGCUAAGAAUGUUGCUUUAGCAAUGUGUCUUGAUCCAAUUAUAACAGAAAAAAGUAUUGAUCUUAUAUGUAAAAUUAUUAAAGAAUAUAAAAUUAAUGGACAAAAAUUAUUAGGAAUUACAGCUAAAGAUUUAGAAAUGCUGGGAUUUGAAAAUCUUCAUCUUCGUGUAGUAUUUGCACUUGAAAUAGAACAAUUAAGACACAAAUUUAAUGAACAUACUGGUAUACAACAAUUUCCUUCGCUUAAAAUGUCUGUAAAUUUUGAUGCAAACAAAAAGAUAGAGAAACAUAAUCUACUUCAUUUUGAUAUUAAUAUACAAUUAUUUUUAUAUAUAAGAAAACAUAAAAAUAAUCAACCAAAGUUCAAAGUUUUUGUUGAUAGUGAUUGGACAGAUGAAUCUGCUCAUUUUGAAAUUCCUCAUGAAAUCGACCAUUCAUCACAUGUUAUUAAAGAAGUUUGUAUUACAAUAUUAGAUAAAUUUGAAGCUGCUUUAGUUGAUGUUGUUCGAUGUGAUCAUUCUCCAUUUGGAUAUAAUGAAUGGUCUCAAGUACCUUUAGAUUUGUCUCCAGUAAAAGUAAUAUGUCAAAUAAAUUUUAGUGAACAAGUUGUAUCCCCACAAAGUCAUUUGAUCGAAGCAAAAAUUACACAAUUUGAUAAUAUGGAGUGCUUAGUUAGUGAAGAUGUCACUUUAAAAUUAAAACCUUUUGCAACAGAAACAUCUUUGUGUAGAGCUAAUAAUAGUUACUCUGAUAUGCGUUCCUCACUGUCAAAUAUAAAUCUUCAAGGAGUCUGGAAAAAUAGACGUGAUUCUUAUUGCACAAGUUUACACACAACACCACUAGAGUCGCCAGAAAUUUCAUCUUUUCCUCAUAUUAAUCCAUUAAGUCUACACUCUCAUUAUAAUAAAAAUAAAUUUGGUGUAAAUUAUGCUGAAAUUGUUUCAAACCAAGACUAUCCAAUUUCUCCACAAAUUUCAAACAAAGAACAAAGCUAUCAAAAGUAUGGUAACAUAAAACAACGAACAAAUACAGAUAUCAAUAAUAAAACACCAACAAAUGGACCAUCUUUUUCAUUAUUUACUGAUAGUGAAGAUGAAUUUACUAUUGUUGGAAAGAAAAAAAUUAACUCGAUAUCAAAAUACAAAGACGUGAAUAGGUCAUUUCCUAUUGAUAAAAGAUUAAUUAAUAACAGUAGAACGGGUAUAUCCAAAAAUUCUUUCCAUUCCCGACAACAUACGCCUUCGACACUAUUAAUGAGUGAUUUUGAAAUAACAGUUGAUAACAGACUAAAAAAGAAACAUCAACAUUAA